CAGUGGGUGGAUGGGAUGGGGCCACCCCUGCUAUCCUGGCCUAUCCCUCCCCAUUUCUUCCAUGCAGGCGACGCCAGGUUCCCACCGUGUGGGAGCUCGCUCUCAUCUUGCAGCGGUCGUCCAUCUCUCAUCUCGUCCAAUCUCUCUUCUCCUCCUCCUUCUUUCUCCUGCUGUUGACCUCUUCUUCCUUCCCUCUCUCUUGUCGUCGUCUCGUCUCGUCCACUUUUUCUCUUCACGACACUCGUUUUCGUCAGGCCCUUUUGCGACUUCCCGUCCCAAGACUCGCCCGACUUUAUCUAACUACCUACCUAAUUCUGAGGAGGAAUUCUUUUGCUGAUCCCAAGCAUCCCGUCCAUCCCAGUCGUUCACCGAGAAACCACCCCAAGAAUACUAAAGGAAACACAUACAACAAGAAAGAAAAUCAAGGAAAUACAGGAUCUAGUCCCGUUACAAAUUAGGCCAUCAUGCAUUCUAUGAAGCUCCUCUCCGCCAUUGCGGCUAUUGGUGUCUCCGCCGUAUCUGGCGCUACUACCUGCACCAAGGAUGUCAAGGUCACCCAGCCUACUCCCGUGAUUGACUGCAAGGUCAUCGAUGCCAACCUGAUUAUCGACAAGUCCGUUGCCGGCGAGGUCGUCAUUACCGGCCCCGAGGAGAUUACUGGCGACUUCAUUGCCAAUGAUGCCUCCAAGAUCAUCUCUUUGUCGAGCAGCUCCAUUACCACCAUCGGUGGCAAGCUUUCCCUCGAGUCCCUUGAGGCUCUCCAGACCCUUCAGAUGGACGCUCUUACCGACGUCGGCGAGCUCAGCUUCAUCACUCUCCCCCGUCUCGGCACGUUGGUUUUCGGUACCAAGGGCGUUACUAAGAUCAGCGCCAUCCGAAUUAGCGACACCUACCUCAGCGAUCUGAGUGGUCUUAGUGUCGCCGCCGUCGAUAGCUUCCAGAUCGACAACAACAGGAAGAUCACCGCCUUCAACUCUGAUCUCGUCAACGUUACCAAGGAGCUCCUUAUCUUCGACAACGGCAACAACAUGGACAUUACCAUGAACAAGCUCGAGGUCGUUGCUGAGGUCCAGAUCUCCAACGCCAAGAACUUCGAGGUUCCCGCCCUUGAGCGCGUCACCAAGAGUCUCAAGUUCACCAGCAACCCUGAGCUGAAGUCUCUUGCCUUCCCCAACCUUACCAAGGUUUCCGAGACCAUCUCCUUUGUCGACAUGAACAAGCUCACCAACAUCUCCUUCCCCGCCCUCGAGACCAUUGGUGGAGGUCUUGCCAUUGAGAACAACACCAAGCUCAUUGCCAUUGACGACCUCCCCAAGCUCAAGACCGUUUAUGGCGGUAUCAGCCUCCGUGGUAACUUUGAGAAGGUCGAGCUUCCCAAGCUUGAUACCGUCAGUGGCACCGUUGUCGUCACCUCCACCACUGAUAUCAAGGACUUCUGCCAGUUCUUUAAGGACCUCAAGGAUGACGGCAAGAUCGAGGGCGAGGAGACCUGCACCUGGGACAACCCUGAGGCUAACGAGGGCGGCAACGGUGGCGAGAGCGACACCAAGUCCGGCUCCAGCUCCGAUAGCAAGGAUGAGGAGGAUGCUGCUGGCAUCCUCAAUGUUAACAUGGUCUCUCUGGCCGCUGUUGGUCUUUUCGCUGUUGCUCAGCUGCUGUAAGGAGGAGAUAGACGAGGGAAAAUGGUUCGGUUUUUGGCGUCGUCCCCUGUUCUCAUGUUCUUGUUUUUUCUCCAACAUAUUGUGUUUUGUCAUCCUUCGUGAGGCACAAGAUGUCUUUCGCGGGGGCAGCAAGUGCGUUCAAAGGAUAACCCGUUAGAGCUUAAUAAUCGACUGUACUUGGACUGAACCUCCUCAA